ACACCCCCUGCAACUGACUGCGUGCCGCAGCCUCGUCCGCACACGCCAGGCCUCGUUUCCUCCUUUACAUUUUCAUCUCUCUCCCUCUCCCUCUCACAGCUGUUGGUGAGUUGCCGUUCAAAUCUGUAUUCAAGGUACUAUAAUUGAGUAUUGUUCUGGGUUCCGUUUUGUUUCUCUCAGUUGAUCAACUCAAGGCGAUCGGUUUUCUACUUUAUGGAGUUGGCUACUUGUUCUUGUUGUUUCCGGGGUGUGAGAGUGGAUUCCCCAUCCAUUAUCGGGAAGAAUUUCAUAAAUUUCUUCCUCAACGGCAACAAGUUUCCGAAGAUUGAGAGGCGGCGAUUGGUGCCCUCCGUGAAGAUGGUUUCGAAUCGAUAUAUUGGAACGAACAAGAACAACUACCUGAGAAAUGCUGCUGCUGAUAGAAUUUAUCAGAGGAUGAAUUCUUGUUUGGUUAUUCCUCCGCCCAACGGUAAAAAGCCUCGCGCAAUUGUCAAAUUCCUCGGCGGUGCCUUCAUUGGGGCUGUUCCCGAAGUUACAUAUAGCUAUCUACUUGAGCUUCUAGCAAAUGAAGGCUUUCUUAUUGUUUCUGUGCCAUAUAAUGUGACCUUUGAUCACGCUCAAGCUGCUAGAGAAAUUUAUGAGAGGUUUAAUGCAUGCUUGGAUCAAUUUUCAAGAGCUGGAUUUCCGAUUGCCAACCUAACAGCUGCUGAUUUUGACCGCCUUCCAGUUUAUUCGGUCGGCCACAGUAACGGUGCCCUUCUUCAAGUACUCAUAGGAAGCUAUUUCUCUGAGAAGAUUCCGAAGGCAAAUGCAGUAAUAUCAUACAACAACAGGCCGGCAUCAGAGGCAGUCCCUUAUUUUGAGCAGUUGGGUCCUCUAGUUAGUCAAAUGAUGCCUAUUGUGGAAGCAUCCCCAAUGUAUUCAAUGGCUAGGAGUGCCUCAGGAGAUGCAUGGAGGGUGCUACUUGAUAUGGCUACAAUGAUAACAGACAAUGAUAAGGAGGCUGUAGUUUCCUUGACAAAAUUUGUCGAUCAGUUACCCUCUGUAUUCAAUCAGGUAACACAAGGAACAUCAGAGUUCACGCCACCACCCUCAGAGAAUUUUGAUUGCUUUAACAAAUCAUACAACGUCAAGAACACGUUACUGGUGAAGUUCAAUUUUGACGCAAUUGAUGAGACUGAUCUCCUUGACAAUACCUUGAAGCCCCGUGUGGAAUCCAUAGGUGGAACAUUGGAGAAAGUCCUAUUGACUGGUAACCAUAUUACACCUUGUGUCCAGGAGCCAAGAUGGAAAGUAGGUUACUUUUACACUCCAGCAGAUGCUAUUGCUCAAGGGCUUAAGAUUCUUUCACUGAAUGAUACCAGAGUCCUUUCAAGAACCAUUGCCAACUGGUUUAGGGGUCUUGAAGAGUAAUGCAGGCCCCAGGCUUUAGGAUUUUUAGGUUGUGUAUAUUGUAUAAAUACUUGUAGAAUGAAUUGCAGCCACACUGCCGCUGUAGCAUGUAUCUGGAUGAAGAAACAAGUGCAGAUAAAUCUUAUGGUGGACGAAACUACAGACACAAUCCUGAGGCUAUAGUACUGAGAUAAUACAAGGAAAUGAUAUGUCUGCUAUUUUACUUUAAUUAUUCCUUUACAGUUCGGGUUAGAGAUCAGAGACAUGUUUGUUAUGGUAAUAACUUCGUUCUGGAAGUCUCUCAAUUCAGCAAAUCUUUAUUA